UAGAGUUUCAGACCGCCUGUCACGCCAUUUUGUUCGAGGGUUUCGAUUGAACGAUUUCCAGAGCUUCGAAAUUUCUCCUCCCUUACCCGUCCUCUACUCCUCUCGAUUUUGCUCACACGCCGGUUCGAUCUCCCUGUUCCAUCGCUCGGCAGUGAAGGAUCCGAGCGACACGCAUUGAAGCCGCGGAGCCCCGCCCCUCUUCCCCAUCUUCCGUUUCCUUCACCUCUCGCAGCGAUACAUCUCCCGCAACUACUGCGGGAUUCAUAUCUCAUAGACUUCUCUGAGAAUCAGCCUUUUUUACAUCAAUCAGUGCAGUGGAGCAAGAAUAUUAUUUGCAUGACUGGUUGUUAUUCCCUUAGCUGCUUUGGUGGAAGAAUUUAUAACUCCCGACCAAUAUUUUGAAUGCCUUGACCUCUAAUUCAUGGAGAGCGCCUCCAGUGAAGAUGAAGGCUCUCUCAGAGAUAAUCAUGUAGACCUCAACAAUGAGAAUAUGGAACACCACUUGGCAAUGGAGGGCAGCGGUCAUUUCAAUGAUUCAGAAAGUCUUCUCCCUUCUCAUGAAGAAGCCUCUGAAAAUAUUGAACCGUUUAUUGGCAUGGAAUUUGAGUCUGAAGAAGCCGCAAAGGAAUCCUACAUGUCAUAUGCGAGUCGGGUUGGAUUCUCCGUACGCAUCAGCAAGUCUCGCCGUUCAAGGAAUGACGAAUCCAUUAUCAUGAGACGUUUUGUGUGUUCCAAGGAAGGUUUUCAUAUGAAAAAGAGCAAUUAUGAAGAUGGUAAGAAAAAGAGAAAGCGUGCAACCAUUAGGGAAGGUUGUAAUGCCAUGAUUGAAGUUAUUCAAAAAUAUUAUGGGAGAUGGGUUGUUACUAAGCUUGUUAAGGAGCAUAAUCAUGUUAUAUCAGCUCCAAGUCGUGUAAGGUACAUUGCACCUGAAGAAUAUGCUGGCAUGGAACCAUUUGUUGGAAUGGAGUUUUCAUCUCAUGAAACUGCACAAAUGUUUUAUUAUGCUUAUGCUGCUCGCACUGGAUUUGAUGUCCGGAUUAGGCUUUCACGUCGUUCAACACGGGAUGAGUCCUUUGUUAUGCGACGUUUUGUAUGCACCAAAGAGGGCUAUAGUACAUACGAGGAGAAUUUUGAUGACAGUAAGAAGAAAAGAAACCGAACUCCUACUAGAGAAGGCUGCAAAGCAAUGUUCGAGGUGAUUAAAAAGGAUUCUGACCGAUGGAUUGUUUCUAAACUCGUCACAGAACAUACACAUGACCUUGUUAUUGCACCUGGCAAAGUACACUACAUCCAAUCACAAAGUGAAGUAGUCGUUCUCGCAAAAAGUGGUGCUGUUACUCGUGAAAAAUCUGCGGCACUAACAAACUCAAAGCCACGGUUUGGAGAUAAAAUUGGACGCUUUGAUAGUCUUUCUUCAAAUGAUCAGGGGUCAAGGGCGGAUUUAACGAAUUCCUGUCAAAAUUCCUUUGAAUUUGAGGAGUCCCAGUUUUUAUUGGAGACUUUGAAGAAGAUGCAGGCUGAGAAUCCUGCAUUCUUUUAUGCUUUUCAAGUUGAUAAAAAUAAUUGCCUAAUAAAUGUAUUUUGGGCUGAUGCAAAAGCUAAGAUGGCUUAUUAUUGUUUUGGUGAUGCUGUAACGGUUGAUACUUCACACAAGGAGAAUAAGAACGUGAUGCCUUUUGUAAUGUUUACUGGUGUUAAUCACCACUGCCAGUCGGUAACUUUUGGGUGCGCCCUGCUGACAGAUGAUAGUGAGGCAUCAUUUAUCUGGCUGUUUGAAAACUGGCUUGUAGCUAUGUGUGGACGCCCUCCAAUUUCACUAAUUACUGAUCAUCAUGAAGCGAUGGCUGCCGCAAUUUCGAGUGUUUUCCCAGAUGCCUGUCACCGACUUAGCCGAUACCAUAUUUUAAGAAAAUGCAGGGAAAGAUUGUCCAAUCUGUAUUUCAUUCAUGGAAGCUUGGAGACUAGUUUUGAGAUGGAGUUUUUGAAGUGCAUUGACGAGCCAGAAACUGUUCAAGUGUUCGAGCUGCAGUGGAAGUCUAUUCUGGAUAAAUAUGACCUGGGUGAGAAUACUUGGCUACAGUUCUUGCACAGCAUUCGCCACAAAUGGGUUCCAGUGUACCACAAAGGCACUUUUACGGCAGAUAUAUCUUUAGCCGAAAAACCAGAAAGUUUGAGCAUGUUCUUCGAAAAGUACUUCAAUAAAAAAAUGUCCUUGCAGGUCUUCAUCAGCAUCCUCGAUCAGGCGAUUGCUGUUUGGUAUGAAAGAGAAGCACUAGAGGAUUUUGCUUCAUCAUAUACCAGACCAUCAUUGAAAACUCCAUCAAGUUUGUUAAAGCAAGCAGCAGAAAUAUAUACGAGAACAAUAUUUGAUGCUUUUCAGGAUGAGUUUGUAGAAUCUCUAGGUUAUUUCGCUGAUAAAAUUGAAGAUGGGGUCAUCAGUAAAUAUACUGUCACAAAAGAUGUAGAUGCGUGCACUUGUCUUGUGACCCAUGAUUCCUCGGAUGAGAGGACAAGUUGUAGUUGUUUCAAAUUCGAGAGGUCCGGCAUCUUAUGCAGGCAUAUCUUGAGAGUAUACUUAACAGUUGAUGUUCGUAUUGUGCCCGAGCACUAUAUUUUAAAACGAUGGACAAAAGAUGCAAAGAAUGGAUUUGUUUUGGAUGAAUGUGCAAGGUACAGUGAUCUUGUUUGUCAAGUCAUUAGGUUUUCGAAGGAAUAGGAUCAGCAUCUCCGGAUGCUUUUAGUAUUACAAAACAUGCACUUAGUAUGACUGUUUUUAGUGCUUUUAAUGCAAUUGUGAGAUUAGGAAAGCUAGCUACCUGAAAACCAACGCCUGUAAAAUAAACACUUGGACUGGUACAGCAGUGGUUGAAUCAGUGAUUGAAUCAAGACAAGUUUUGUUUAAAAAUUGUGCAGUUAUUUGCGUGAUUCAAGGUUUUGUUGACCACUGCCACAAUAUCAAAGGCAGUACCAUAUAAAUCUGUCAGCUCAAUAUGAACAGAGAACAGUGUUGUUCAUGUACUCAGCUUCAAUGAGAACUCAACUAAGGUAACCAUAUGCAUAUUCAUUCAAAUUCAUUUGGACAAAUACAAGGAAAUCUCAUGCUUAAAUUUUAUGAGUAGAGGUAGAGGUGAUCGGCGAUAUCAAAUGUCAGGUAGAUCUCUAGAUCUCUAGAAAUCUUCCCAUCUCGAAGUUUUGAGAAUGACAUUUUAAGAAAUCACAUGACUCAAAUAUUGCUUAACGCUUCAAUCUAUGUCCUAAAGGUUUAAAUCCUAUGUCAAGUUCCCGAUUUUGGUUUCUUUGAACACCACUUUUAGUGUCAUUGGGUUUAUCUCAUAAGCAUGUUCUAUUUGACUAGAAAUUUAUUAAAAUUUUACAUUUAGUGAUCCUAAGUAUGAUUAUGAAAGUUCUG